AUGACAAUACCUAAGACGGUCAAGGAUAUCGAAAGCCUUACAGGGCGUGUCGCAGCCCUGACCAGAUUUAUCUCCAAAGCCACUGAUCGCUGCGCCCCAUUCUUCAAGGCCCUUAAGGGCAGCAAGAGAAACAUCACCUGGACUACUGAAUGCGACACGGCUUUCAGCGAGCUCAAUGAGUAUAUGGUUUCGGCAGUUAGCUCUGUGCUCAUCCGAUCAAAGGAUAAUGCGGAGCGCCCAGUUCAUUAUGUUAGUAAAGCAUUGCAGGAUGCCGAAGUCCGGUACCCAGACAUUGAAAAAUUGGCGUUCGCCCUGGUCGUCUCAGCCAGACGCCUCCGACCAUAUUUCCAAAGUCACACCAUCCAUGUCUUAACUAACCAACCGCUCCGACAAGUGUUGCAGAAACUAGAAACUUCUGGGAUGCUGGUUAAGUGGGCCAUUGAACUUGGCGAGUUUGAUAUUCAUUACAAACCCCGCCCGGCUACAAGGGGGCAGGCUGUUGCUGACUUCUUAUCCGAAUUCACGGAGCCCCAAGCUUCAGCAGCUACCCAGCUCAUAACCAAACCCAAUCUCCCUCCGAGCCAGGACCACACCGCCAGCAAAGGCACUUUCGACCUGACCCAGCCCCUAUGGACUUUAUUUGUGGAUGGCUCUUCUAAUGCCCAGGGGUGUGGGGCCGGCCUCGUUCUCAUCUCUCCAGACAAGGUUGCCCUCGAGUACGCCCUCCGCUUCAAAUUCCAAGCCUCCAACAAUGAGGCCGAAUAUGAAGCACUCUUAGCUGGUCUUCGACUAGCCAAAGAGAUGGACGCGAAACAAAUUCAGAUAUUCAGCGACUCACAGCUCGUUAUUCACCAAGUCAACCAGGACUUCACGGCCAAGGAUGCCUCUAUGACGGCUUACCUCCAGCACGCCCGGCACUUGCUGGCAACCUUCCAAGUCCACUCUAUAAACCAGGUGCCACGCUCUGAGAAUAGCCAUGCUGACGUAUUAGCCAGUCUUCCUUACCUCCGAUGCCUGACCCUAGAGGAGGGUCAUUAUGUCCUUCGAGAAAUCCGUGAAGGCAUCUACGACAACUACUCAGGUGCACGCUCACUGGCUCAUCAGGCCUUCACCCAGAAAUGCGACAAGUGUCAUAGAUUUGCUAACAUUCCACAACUCCCGGCAGAACCAUUGACUGCCAUGGUCAGUCUUUGGCCAUUUGCCCAAUGGGGACUGGAUCUCAUUGGGCCGAUGCCAGAGGGCAAGGGCCAAGUCAAAUAUGCAGUUGUAGCCGUAGACUACUUCACCAAAUGGGCUGAAGCCGAAGCCUUAGCCACCAUCACAGCGGCCCGCAUCGAAACCUUUGUGUGGCAAAGUAUUGUAUGUCGCUUCGGCAUCCCCAACUCCAUCUUCAUAGACAAUGGCCGGCAAUUUGACAAUGCCAAAUUCAAACAAUUUUGUUCUAACCUCAAGAUCCGUCUUUGCUUCACCUCCCCAGCCCAUCCUCAGUCCAAUGGCCAGGUCGAAGCCGUGAACAAAAUUAUCAAGAAGACCCUAAAGACAAAACUUGACAAAGCCAAGGGCUGCUGGCCAGAACUACUUCCGGAAGUCCUCUGGUCCUACCGCACCACCUUCCGCACCUUCACCGGUGAAACGUCAUUUUCUCUAUCAUUUGGUACCGAAGCCGUAGCACCAGUAGAAAUUGGCCAGCCCACAUAUCGAACCUUCACUUACAAUGUCAAGGCCAAUGACGAGCAGUUAGCCCUAAACCUCGACUUCAUUGACGAGCUCCAUGACCAAUCUAGCAUGCGCAAUGUCGCGUACAAACAACGCAUCGCCAAAUACUACGACUCCCGAGUCAAGUCCCGCGCUUUCAAAAUGAGGGACUGGGUCAUGCGCAAGGUUUCCUUGGCUACCAAAAAUCCUACUGAAGGUACCUUCGGCCCCACAUGGAAGGGUCCUUAUGAGAUUAUCAAAAUCUGCCGCCCCGGCACUUAUCAGCUUCGCGAUCCCAAGGGCAAGACGUUGCAUCAUCUUUGGAACGCUGAUCACCUCAAGUACUACUACAAGUAA